GGUCCGCCAGUUUCUCCCCGACCACCGCCUCGCGUGGAGGUUCCCUUGCGGUGUUGUCACUACUACCUGGUCCAGUGUCUGACCUCCCGUGUGCUGUGUUGUGGUGCCACUGUGGCACAAGUGUAGCCCGAGUGGCUCAGUGACGUGUAUACUCUCCUCAGUGUUUACCAGUAGUGCCUUAACCAUCUUGUGACACCACGUGCUCAAUUUGCAGUGUGCUUGUGCUUUUGCACUUGCACCUGUUGCUUCAGCCUAUUGUUGAGAAUACAUCAGUCUGCCUGCCCUUGGCCACACAGGACCGCCUGCAUGGUGGACAUCAGAGUUGAACCCCCUCAUUCUACAUCCAUGCUUACACAAGGAAUUAUGACGGUCACGUUGCUCCAGUGUGAGGGCGUCAAAAUGAGCCUCUUCCAGGACCUGAAGCUCAAGCGCCGAAAGGUCGACUCCCGGUGCAGCAGUGACGGGGAAAGCUUGGCUGAGACUUCGUCUUGCUCCCCGGACUCUGGGUCGUCAGGUGGAGAAACAUCCUCCUGCAGCCCAGUUCAGCCUCCGGCAUCAUACUUACCCUCAGAAUCACCCCGGUCAUCACCAAACCCCCGCCCACACAUCCACGAGAGAGCAUCUCCAGAUAGUGCGGGUGGUGAAUUUGGAGAAGUUAAAAGCUGCUUAGAUUGUGGCCAAGAUGAUGACACUCAAGAUGCCCAUGUGUUUGAUGGUGGUGGACGCCAACCGGUAUCCUCCUCGGCCAUGCCAAGACCAUCAGCAGCAGACUCUGCUCUGCACCCUGUCCAGAAGUGCGAGGACACUGACAUGCCUGAGCGUAUGUCCACUACUCCACCCCCACCUGACACUAGUGAACAUCCUCCAGAAAUUACAUCAGUGUCAAUAGGAACACCACUUCCGCCUCCAUUGGUGUCCCUAGGACCACCGUUAAGUACCAUGCCACACACACUCUCUGUCUCAGUGGCGGGCCUUUCACCGGGAAUAGUGACCUCGGCAGGACUGCGUUGUGGACCACCUGUCAGUGUAGCACAACCAUAUUGGGGUGGAGGAGCCAGUCGUAUUAAUGGUAUGCGACCAGAGUUCAUCAGUGGUGGCAUGGUACAGCCUACACAAUCUACAAAUGUUCCAUCAGCUGCUCCUGCAGAUUCUAGUAGAGCUGGUUAUUCUCCUCGUCUUCGUACACCCACUGUUAUAAUGGGGGAAGCUGGUGGUGUUAAAACAAUGUUCUGGUCAACACCGAGUGAAACACAGACAUCUGCAUCACAAGCACAACGGGAAGUGCUUACUCAACCAGCUACUCCCUGUGCUUAUGGAGCAGAUACUAGUGACGCAGUGCGUGCCUCAGUAGAUGGUCUAUUGACAUUAGGUCAGGACAGAAGAGGGUCUCCUCCCCAACUCUCUCCCACUAGUACUCUUUCUCUCUCUCCAGCUGCCCGUUCUCCAAUAACUCACAGUGCAAGAUCUCCACACACUCAUACCCCUAUUGCUCGUUCCCCGUACACAGUAGCACCAUCCUCACCAGGUUACCAGGUGGUACGAUGCUUAGGGUCGCCACAGAGUAGUGGAGAUCUUCAGCUAUUACAUAAUACAUCUUAUAUACACUCACCCACCAGUGUUGAUAGUCAACGUCAUCCAUCCACUCCCCUAAACAUGGAACGAUUAUGGGCAGGAGAUCGUACUCAGUUGCCUCACACUCAACCAGAUUCUCCAGCAGCUCUUAACUUAUCUACAGUCGGGAUGUGGGGUGCCCGCACUAAUAGUAUUGAGAGUGUAGUCACUGCUCCUGCUCAACCCACACCUGUUGAAGAAGAUGAGGAGGACCAGCCCAUGAUAUGUAUGAUCUGUGAGGAUCGUGCCACCGGACUUCACUACGGUAUCAUCACUUGUGAAGGAUGCAAAGGAUUUUUCAAGAGAACAGUACAGAAUAAGCGGGUAUACACGUGUGUUGCUGACGGAGACUGUGAAAUCACCAAAGCACAACGUAACCGUUGCCAGUAUUGUCGGUUUCAAAAGUGCCUGCGUCAAGGCAUGGUGCUUGCUGCUGUGAGAGAGGACCGGAUGCCUGGUGGUCGAAAUUCAGGAGCAGUUUAUAACCUGUAUAAGGUAAAGUACAAAAAGAAGAACAAAAAGAAUGGUCAAAUAAAACAAGGAGGUAAUUCUCCAGAGAAGAAAAUGGUUCUGGAUCCACUUAUGAUGCCCGGAACAACAUCCCUCACAAGCCCAUCUUUACCCAUGCCCAUCUCUAGCCCCCUCACAUCCCCACCUAUUACGUCGCCCAUCCCAAGUGGCCUCAACAGUGGACCCAUUCUAAAAGCAGCUCUCACAAAUCCUUCUGAGGUGGCCCACUUCCGGCAGAGGUUGGACAACACAGUGAGUUCAACGAGAGAGCGCACCAUGCCCUAUCCUGUUGCCCAAGCAAUGAUUCGGAUGCUAAUAGAAUGUGAUGAUUUUGAAGACAUUGCCACACUGAAGAAUCUAGAUGACUUGUUGGACCACAAGAGUGAUUUGUCAACAAAAUUAUGUCAGUUGGGAGACUCCAUAUCUAUAAAGUUGGUGCAGUGGACCAAACGCCUUCCCUUCUAUCAGGAGUUACCUGUAGAGGUUCACACACGGCUGCUAACACAUAAAUGGCAUGAGCUCUUGGUACUCACCACUUCUGCCUAUCAGGCCAUAUAUGGCCUUCAGAAGCUGGCAUCUAGAUCUUCAGAUGGCACUGAGGCAGAGUUCCAUCAAGAGGUAAGCAUUAAGGUCUCCAACAACCUCUGCACACUGCAGACAUGCCUAAACUCAAUGAUGGGGAGACCCAUCACUAUGGACCAAUUACGGCAAGAGGUUGGUGUGAUGGUGGAAAAGAUUACCCAUGUCACAUUAGCACUUCGCAAAACAAAGAUCCAGAUUGAGGAAUAUGUCUGCCUUAAAGUCAUUGCCAUGUUAAACCAGACACGGUCUAGCCAUAAAGAACUAGAAGUUAUCCAGGAACGGUACAUGAAUUGUCUUCGGUCCUUCUGUGAAACCCACUAUCCCUCUCAACCCACCAGAUACCAGGACCUGCUAGUCAGACUCCCAGAUAUUCAAGCAGCUGCAGCUAAACUAUUAGAAACAAAGAUGCUGUACGUUCCCUUCUUGUUGAACUCUACCAUAAACAGAUAGCAAUAAACAGAUGGUUGGUUCUUAGAACAAGUCAGCUGCAAGGCGUCUUGUAGUGAACCAUGUGCCGUCCUAUGUCUCUGCUGUGACCAGCAGCAGUGGGGGUGCUGCAGCCACUCUCAUCACGCCUAGCAGCCGCCCACAUCAUGUCUGACACAACAAGUGAUCAGUCCAUGAACGUUACCAAUGUCUGCAAGAUGCGUGAUGUUUAUGAAGUGACAAUCUAGCCAGAGCAUUUAUUUUGCUAAAGGAAAUCAACAGUUGUUUUUUCCAGUGGUUGUGCAACCAAUUUACCUGUGAUGGGGUGUGUACCAGUUUUUGAGCAAUUUAUAUAUAAUUUCUUUUAAAGAUUUUAUAAAAAAAAUAAAUAAAAUAAACUUUCUUCAGACAGUUUACCAAAGGCUUUCUUUAUAAUAAAAAUGUUUUGGGAAUAUUUUAGGGUUAGAAAAAACCCUGAGUCCCCUAAACAACAGAGAUACUUAACGGCUGUGUGACUGACAAGUUGUGCAAUUAUUAGUGGUACAACUUCCCUUCCGCUGCUAUUUUUCACGACCAUCUAAAACUUCCUACUAGUCGCAGAACGUUGAGUCUACUUAAACGAAGAAUUCUAGUUUUAUGGUGUUCUCAAGAGUAUGACCAAGCACAAGACAAUUUUGGCAGUUUUCCAUAUUAGCCCCGAAUGAGUCGUGAGGAGGCAGUAAGUUGGUGCAGUUAAGUUGUUGGCUGGGAGUGUGAUCCUCAGCUCCCUCUAGUAGGGUCACGUGACUGUGUUCACCUGCACUGUGUGAGGGAGUACUUACAUUGGUACCUGCAAGGAUGGGCUAUCAAACUCGUUCAGUACAUGAACAGUAUUGUAUGAACGAAUCCACUCUUUAGUAUUACCAGCAGUUUACAAGGAAAAAGUUCCUAGAAAGAUCCUACUAACAAUUUUCACUGCACUGAUCUCGAAAGUGCAAAGAUUUAUUCUAUGUCUUGUAAAACACAUCACUUUUAAAUGUUAAGGUUUAUACAGAUGAUUUGUAUCUCAGAGGCACAAGUCUCAUUAUUGUCCUGUGCUGCCAUUUAUACCUUUAUUAAGGAUGGAUAAUUCUUAGAAAUAAUAUAUGGGAAAAAUCUUUUAUUAAAAAGUACAUUUUUGUAAAUACACUUUUGCAGAUGAACCUUUUGUUUGUACAGUUUUCGGUACUAGAGCUGGUGUAUGUUGUGAAGGUGUGAGUGUGCAGGUCUGUGUCUACUGUACCAGUGCAGGACACAGGCGGAGACAGCUUACAGGGUACUCAUUGUAAAUGGCAUUUUUCCCCUUUUUUGAAGUGUCUCUGUUACAUCUAAGGCAAAUACAGAUUAUAUUUUAGAGUUAUCCUUGAAAGUUCCUGUUGUUAAAAUAAAUUUUAAAGAUAUGAUAAUUUAGAAUACCAUUUAAAAGUCUGUCAUGACAUUACUUUUAAAACUAUUCCAUAAGCUUACUUAUAUAUUUAUUUUAUUUUAUUUAUUAUUAUUUUUAGCUAAUAUGCUCUUUCCUAUAAAUGUGGUGAAACCUUUUUUAAGAGAGGAGUUCAUUAAUCUGUGUCAUGGGAUGACCUUGUUUUUCUCUCAAAUAAUAACUCCUGUGAAUUUCAGCUGGGCACCCAGGAUUGAACCUCAGUGCUUGAAUUGUGAAUGAUGUAUCUUAAAUUAAAAGAUAUACGUAUAUAUUUUUUUUAAUUUUAACUUUAAUGUUCAAUAUGUGAUUAUUUGUAUUAAACCUUAGUCUAUGGUGAAGUAUCAUUUUAAAUUUGCAAGUCCACAGACCAGUGCUGUCUUAAGACUGUUGAGUUACCAGUGGCUGCGAAGUAAAUUUCAUUUCAGUUGACUUAUGCUGCAAUAGGCUGCAGCUUCACUACCAAUAAUCGUCUUUUUCUUUGUAAGAAUGUAAAUUACUUGGGAAUUGAUUGGUAUUAUCGGGUAGUGGCAUUGCAGUGGCCAGCACUAGUCUUUGAUCUCACUCUUAUCUUUUAAUAAAUUGUUGUCUCUAAGGCUGAAAAUUGUCAGCUUGACAUUUUCUGUGGUGUGAGAGUAAUGCUCACACAAGGUAAAUAUUUGGCAAUGUUGAGGCAGCAGCAGCCUAAGUCAUGAGCAGCCGUGAGUACACUGUAAGCCGACUCCUUAGUGUAGUCAAGCAAUCAAAUUUGUUGCUUCUAUAUUUAAUGAAAUAAACAAAUGAACUUUGAA